AUAAGUUAUUAAGCUAUGAGCGAUAAAAUAGAUAAUUCCUCAAGCCACAGCAACCAUUUGAGUGGUAAGAAGAGGAAAGCCUCUGAUGGCAAUGGGUCUAAUGGGUAUAAGAAGAGGAAAAUUUCGAAUGAAGAUGAGGAAGAAUCCAUUAUCACAAACACAAAAGAUUCCAUAAAGAUGUCUGGAAGAUAUAAUUAUGAAGAAGAUGAUGAAGACAGCAAUAUCAAAUGGAAGACCCUUGAACAUCACGGAGUGAGAUUUCCUCCCUUCUACACUCCUCAUGGGGUAGCUCCUUUGCAUAAAGGGAAGCCACUGAUACUGAACCCUGUUCAAGAGGAGAUAGCAACAUUUUGGGCUCAAGCUCUAGGCACAGAUUUUACCGAAAAGGAGACAGUCAGAAAUAAUUUUGAAGAAGAGUUCCUAGCUGUUCUUGACAAAGAAAUGGGAGUCAAGAGCCUCAACAAUAUCGACUUCGAUCCUAUAGUUAAGCAUAUUGAGAAAACUAGAGAGGAAAGAAAUAAUAGGCCAAGAGAAGAGAAAAAGAGGGAAAGAGAAGAAAAUGCUAAACUUGAUGCUCACUUUAGAUAUUGAAUCAUUGAUGGUGAAAAAGAAAGAGUUAAUACUGUCAUGGUUGAACCUCCUGGUAUUUUUAGAGGAAGAGGAGAGCAUCCUCAUGCUGGAAAGCUUAAGUCCCGGAUUUUACCUGAAAAUGUCACAGUCAAUGUUGGCCUUGAUAAUAUGAUCCCAAAAUGUGAUGUACCUGGGCAUGCUUGGAAGGCAGUUGUGAAUAAUCCUGAAGCUACCUGGCUUGGACAAUUUAAAGAUGAAGGUAGAGAGAAAGCUGGAACCAAAUAUCUUUUCUUGGCACCUGAUUCUAAAAUCAAAUCGAAGAAUGACAUUAUGAAAUAUGGAAAAGCUAAGAAGCUCAAAGAAAACAUUGAGAAAAUUAGAGCUGAUUAUAUGCGAAGAAUGGCUAGCAAGAGCAUGCAAGAAGCCCAGCUUGGAACUGCAACAUAUCUAAUUGAUAAACUUGCUCUCAGAGUUGGAAAUGAAAAGAGUGAAGAUGAGGCUGAUACAGUUGGAUGCUGCAGUCUCAGAGUAGAGCAUAUUACAAUUGAAAAGGACAAUAAAAUAACACUCGAUUUCUUAGGUAAAGAUUCUAUGAGGUUUCAUCAAACCAUUGAAGUCCACCCACUAGCUCAUAAAGCAAUUGAAAGAUUCGUUAAAGAUAAAAAGCCUGAGGAGGAUCUAUUCCAUCUGAUAAAUGCUUCAAGACUAAAUGAAUAUCUAAAGGAAUUAAUGCCACAGUUAUCAGCAAAGGUAUUCAGAACAUACAACGCAUCAAUUACCCUCCAGAAUGAACUGUCCAAGUACGAAGAGAAGCCUAGAGAUGACGUUGAUAAGAAGGUAAAAUUCUAUAAGAACGCAAACAGAGAAGUGGCUAUCUUAUGUAACCAUCAAAAAGCAGUCCCCAAGAACUUUGAUGAACAGCUUAAGAGACUUGAAGAUAAACUAAAGGAGAAGAAAAAGAAACUCAAAGAGCUUCAAACUCAUAAAAAAAAUUUAGCUAAGGAUAGUAGUAUUUCGAAACCUAAGAUGCCAAAGACUGCUAAUGCUUGAGAUACUGCCAUCAAGAAGGCUAAGAAAGCAAUGGAGACCGAAGAAUAUAAGGUAUCUGAGAAGAUAGAAAAUAAGAAUAUUGCUCUAUCAACCUCCAAGAUUAACUACAUGGAUCCCAGAAUUUCAGUGACGUGGUGCAAGAACAAUGAAGUCCCUAUCGAAAAGGUCUUCGAAAAGACUCUUAGAAUGAAGUUUGCAUGGGUAAUGUCAGAAGAUCUCGAAUGGAAGUUCUAGACUAAUCUUCAACAUAAGAUUCCAUACAGG